AUGGCCCGGGUCAACGAUCUUGAAGGUACCGAUGGUAUAGUACCUCUGGAACCUAUCCUUACAUCCCAUCAAGACGCUGAGCUCGAGAACGAGGACGUCAACGAAGACGAGCUUUUUACGGUUUUUACCAAAUGGCAGAAACACUGGAUCAGCCUCAGCGCAUCGUUUUCGGCCAUGUUUUCUACCAUGAGCAGUUACAUAUACUACCCGGCCAUUGUUCCCAUCUCUCGAAAUCUUAAGGUGUCGGUCUCCCUGAUCAAUCUUACAGUAACCUCGUAUUUGAUUAUCGCCGCGAUUGCACCUGCCUUUAUGGGGGAUAUGGCUGACCAAAGUGGCCGGAGACCAAUAUUCUUCUUGAUGUUCGUCUUGAUGAUUGGAGCAAAUGUUGGGAUUGCUCUCCAAAGUCCAUUUCCUGCCCUACUGGUGCUUCGUAUGCUCCAGAGCUCAGGUGCUUCUGGGUUGACUGCCAUUACCUACGGUGUUAUAUCGGACAUUACAUUGCCGAAAGAUAGGGGAGGUUUCGUUGGUGUAUUGUUACUCUUUACAGACAUUGCCCCUAGUCUUGGACGUGUGAUUGGAGGCGGCAUAACUCAAGAGCUUGGAUGGGGAUGGAUAUUCUGGUUCCUGACAAUUAUUAUUUCAAUUACAGCUCUUACCAUGCUGUUUUUCUUCCCCGAGACGCAGCGCAACAUCGUGGGAAAUGGCAGCGCCAACGCCAGGGGCAUUUACUGGAGCUUCUUCACUCUGAUCAAUAAGAGCCCCCAAAGGAAGAACGGAGGAGCAUUAAGAAGAACUGUUGGAUACGGUCUCGCGCUCAUGGCAAAAGCGCAUAUGGCUGUCAUGAUUAUAAUGCAGUUUAUCACUGGAAUCACCACUGCUAGUCUGUUCACGAUGACAGGAACACUCUUAACCGACCUCAACUGCGAAAGAUCUGCUACAGCACAGGGUGCGUCCAGCAUAGUGAGAUGCUUGGGAGCGGGUGCGGCAAUUGCAGCACUACAACCACUCGCCGAUGCUGCGGGUUUGGGUUGGUGUUUUGCUAUCUAUGCAUUGUUCCUUGCCACUGAGUUGCCUUUGGCUUGGAUCAUUCGCAAGAAGGGACCGGGUUGGAGGAAGCAGCGCAGACCUUGA